GUAGUGACUAGUGACAGCAGCAGCCGUCAGCCGAGAGGUAUAGUUUGUAUGUAUUGUCGGUUCUUAUUUUCUAAUAUGUAAUUUAUAAUUUAAAUUGACGUACUAAAUUUAAAUGCCGUCGAAACCUAAUUAUGUUUAAUAUUGUGUUUGUGUUCAGUUCAAUAACAUUAAAAUAGCUUUUAAUCAAUAUAUUUGGAGCAGAAAAACAUCAAAAUGUACAGAAUUUCCAAGCAUUUACUGUACUCAGUUGAAUUAUUAUUUUUAUUUCUUGUAACAACUUCAUCUAUAAUUCAAUCUCCACCAAGAAUUGUCAAAGAACCGUACACAGAUGAAUUACUAUUUCAAGUAGCCACUGUUCAAAAUCAAAAUGUUAGACCAUUUGUAAUUGAUUGUGAAGCAGAAGGAGAACCUGCUCCAAAGUAUCGAUGGAUGAAAAAUGGUAAGAAUUUUGAUUGGCAGGCCUAUGAUGACAGAAUAGCUCAACAACCUGGUCGUGGUUCAUUAACUGUUACUGAACCCAGGGAUGAAGAUCUUGGACAAUAUCAAUGUUUCGCUGAAAAUCCUUGGGGUACAGCUACUUCUAAAUCUGUGAUGGUUGUGAAGGCUGAAUUAAAUUCCUUUAAAGAUGAACCAAAACUCUAUGUUGAAGCUCAAGAAGGUGAUCCAUUUAGACUUGCUUGUCAUCCUCCAACUGGAUGGCCUAAGCCAAAUGUAUAUUGGCUUAUAAGGAAUAAAGCAGGUGGAUUAACAACAGUUAAUAACACUAGAAUGACAUUAGAUCCGGAAGGUAAUCUCUGGUUUUCAAAUGUAACUAGACAUGAUACCAGUGAUGGCUCUACAUAUUUUUGCUAUGCCGAAUCAUUGACAAUGAGCGAGUAUAAACUAGGAAAUCCUGUAAAUUUGAAUGUUAUUCAAACUGCAGAAACAGCUUUACAAAAUAAAUAUCCACCUACUCAACAAUAUGUAACUAGAAGAAAUGAAGUUGCGUUGUUGGAUAAAAAAGUUGAAUUGUUUUGUAUUUAUGGUGGAACUCCCUUACCAGAAACUGUUUGGCUAAAAGAUGGCAGACCUAUACAAUCCAACGAAAGAGUAAGUCAGGGAAAUUAUGGCAAAAGUUUGAUUAUUCGGAAAGUUAAAUUUGAAGAUAAGGGAAAAUACACUUGUGAAGUUAGUAAUGGUGUGGGAUCACCUCAAUCAUAUAACAUUGAACUGGAUGUUAUGGCUGUGCCAUAUUUUACUGUGGUUCCACAAAUCGUUGAAGGAGCUGAAGGAGAAACUGCAGUUAUUAAAUGUGAAGCAACUGGUAAUCCAGAACCUACAAUUAAAUGGAUUCAUAAUGGUCGACCAUUAAGUGAAGCAUCACCAAAUCCCAGACGAUUUGUAACUUCUAAUUCUAUUACAAUUACUCCACUGACUAAAAAUGAUACUGGAAAUUAUGGUUGUAAUGCAACCAACAGUAUUGGAUAUGUGUAUAAGGAUGUUUAUAUUAAUGUAUUGGCAUUGGCACCUGAAAUCACUGAACCCCCUCAUAAAGUAGAAACUGUUGAUGGCCGUGCUAUUACUAUUGGAUGUAAAAAUUUUGGAGUACCAAAACCUCAUGUAAAGUGGACAAGAAACAAUAUAGAAUUAACUGGUGGACGUUAUUCAACACUGGAUAAUGGGGACUUACAAAUAAGUGAAGUAAGUUUUACUGAUGCUGGAAACUAUACUUGCAUUGCUACUAAUAACUAUGGAACAGCAAAUGCAUCUGGAACUCUUACUGUUAAAGAACAUACACAAAUCACUGCUGAACCAGAAGAUUAUGAAGUAGUAGCUGGAGCAGUAGCCACAUUUCAUUGUACAGCAACUUCUGAUCAAUCUUUGCAUCUUAACAUUGACUGGUUAGCUAAAGACGAACCUAUAAAUUUUGACACUGAACCUCGUUUUGUCAAAACAAAUGAUUAUUCCAUGACUAUCACUAAGACUAUUGAAUUGGAUUCUGGAAUGUAUACGUGUUUAGCUAGAACUGAGUUGGAUCAAGCAACAGCUAGUGCCAUGCUUAUUGUUCAAGAUAAGCCCAAUCCACCACAAUUGUUAGGAAUUACUUGUAAAAAAGAUGCAGCUGUAAAAUGGCAACCUAAGGGAGAUAAUCGUGCACCUAUCUUACGUUACACUAUUGAAUACAAUACUAGUUUUGCUCCUGAUACAUGGUCAGUUGCAUCAGAUAAUGUACCUGCAUCUGGUCAAACAUUUAUUGUACCAAUGACACCAUGGGCAAAUUUUACAUUUCGAGUAAUUGCAGUAAACAAAAUUGGUAGAUCAAACCCAUCUUUACAUUCAAGUGUUUGUACCACUCAACCAGAUGUACCGUAUAAAAAUCCAGAAAAUGUUGAAGCUGCUGGUACAACACCGUCUAACCUUGUUAUUAGCUGGACACCAAUGCCAAAAAUUGAACAUAAUGCUCCGGGCCUAAGAUAUAGAGUUUAUUGGAAACAAGAUAUACCUGGCCAAGUCUGGAAUUCAGAAGAAAUAACGGACUAUACUAUUAAAGAAUUAAAGAUAGAUAAUCAACCAACAUACCAACGGUAUAAAGUCAAAGUAGUUGCAUCCAAUGAAAAGGGUGAAUCUAAUGUACUGCAAAAUGAAGUUAUUGGAUAUUCAGGCGAAGAUGUUCCUGUCGAGACUCCUCAAAAUUUGACUGUUUUGAAUGUUACUGGAAGUAGAAGUGCAAUAUUAAGUUGGGAACCUGUUUCACCAGAAUCUAUUAAGGGAAAUUUUAAAGGCUACAAGAUUCAAUUUUGGACUGAGAGAGAUGGAGAAAACAAUAUGAUUGAAGAACAAGUUAGUUCGGAUAUGACAAAAGUGGAAAUUAAGAAAUUUUUACCAAAUGCUAAACACUAUGUGCGUAUACUUGCACACAACAGUCGUUUUAAUGGACCGCCUAGUCAAGCAAUAACUUUUAAUACUCCUGAAGGAGUUCCAGGACCUGUUCAUGGAGUUGAAGCUGAACAAUGGGGUUCUUCUGCCAUUUUGUUAAGUUGGCAACCACCAGAAGAAGCAAAUGGAGUGUUGACAGGCUACGAGAUUUCUUAUGAAGCUAUGACUCAAGAAGGCGUUGGAGAAAAAUCACAACGUCCUGCUAUUACUGAUCCUAAACAAACUACUGCUAAAUUGGCUUCACUUAAACCAUCAACUAAUUAUCGAAUCUACAUUAAAGCAACUACUAAUGCUGGUGUUGGCGAACCAUUUUUUAUUGAACAACAAACUAAAUCUCCUUUGCCCGAAGGAACUGAAUUGGAUAAGCCAGAGUUCAAUUAUGUCCAUAAAGGUUAUAAUAAUAAUUUUGAUACAGUUCGCAUUUUAUGGAUGCCUAAACUUGAUGGAAACCCAGGAUCUCACUUCUUUGUAAAAUACAAGCUUAAAGGUGCCAACUUGUAUGAAGAAACUAAACCUGAACUUGACAUGAAUUUUAUUGAUGUCAAGGGUUUAAAACCAGGAGAAUUAUAUGAAUUUGUUGUAGUUGCUGUGGAUGGUAAUACCAUGAAAGAAUCUGAUAUUGCUGAAAUUGAAGCAUCAAGCUCAGAUCCAAUAAUUCGAAGAAGUGAAAAUAUGGCUACAUCAGGAUGGUUUAUUGCAAUGCUGUUAGCUUUGUUAUUCCUCAUUAUCAUGUUAAUUAUUGUAUGUAUAAUAAAACGUAAUAGAGGAGGAAAAUAUGUAGUGCAUGAAUCAGAAGCUGCCCGUGGUCGACAUGAUUAUCCUGAUGAACCUCAUUUUCAUGAAUAUUCACAACCACUUGGUGGUGCAAAAAGAUUAGGAAGUGAAAAACAAUCUCCAGAAAGUGAUACAGAUUCAAUGGCAGAAUAUGGAGAAGGAGACACAGCUCAGUUUACUGAGGACGGAUCUUUUAUUGGUCAAUAUGGCACUGCUAGAAAAAAUCGGCAACAGCAAUCUCAACCUCAACCACAACCACAAUCUCCACUUCAAGCUGUCACCGGUUCGUCCUCUGCUGCCACUUAUGUAUAAUUCGCAAAAAAUAUUUUUGGCAUUUACUCAUUUACCUAUAUAGUACAUGAAAUAUUUUUAUGCAUUUUUAAAAAAUCUUCCCUGCCCUAAAACCAAAGCUUUUUAUGUCAGUAUUACUAUUUAUUAUUUGACCAAUAACGCUUAAAAAAAAAUAAUUUAAUUGUAAAGACACAGACUAUUGUUGUCUUUUGUUGUAACUAAUGGUUGUAUUUUUGUAACGUGUCUAUUAAUUUCAUAUUAGAAUUCCUCGUCUGUGAUAAAAACAUUUUUAAGUUCAUGAUAAAAAAAAAAAAAAAUAGUUACAUUAGGAAUACUAACUUAACUAUUUAAUUUCAAUUGGAAAAGAAGAAGUAGUAUUAUUUUUAAUAUAUUAAAACUAUUCAUACAUUUAUAAAUAUAUUUAAAUUAAUAUCAGAAUUUUGUAUUCAUACCAUACCAAUUAAAGGCAUUGCUGCAACUUUUGAUUUUAUGCCACUGUCAUUCUUAGAAUGGUUUGGUUGUUGUUGUGAUUAAUUCUGUUAAUUUAUAUUAAUUUUAAAAUGCACGCUAGGCCUGCGCUUCAUUUAACACCUUUUUAAAUAUUUGUUAUGUUAUAUAUAGACCUCUAAUAAUUUUAUAUGUUUACUGUUUAGUAUGUAUUAUUAUUUUGUAAUCAGUAUUAUUCAUGAACAAUGGCAUUUUCUUUUUCUUUUUUUGAUCUCAAAAUCAAAUUUAAAAUGAAGCCAAACUAUGAUUUCACAUCACAUUUAAUUAUAAAAGUGACCUAUGUUUCAUGACAAUAUUUAUUUUAAAAGAUAAACAUUUAUUUUAUUUUUGUAAAUGUCAAUCCAAUUUUUAAUAUGAACAAUAUAUUAAAAUAUAUUUUUGAUCAAAUUUUCACCACCACCUUUCACUGCCCUUUAUAGAAUAAUCCUUGUUAUUAUAUUUGUAUAACCGUUUUUUUUUUUUUUUUACAUAUUAGUGUAACGCAUGCAUUCCAUAUAAAUUAUAAAUAGAUCUUAGAUAAGUUCGUAAAUAUAUAUUAUUAUAAACCAAUGUAAAACGUUUUUACCUUUAUUCAAAAACAAAUAUUAUAAUGUGACAUGCCUACUUUGCCUCAUAGAGAUAUAUUAAACAACAACACUUAAUAUUUUAGUAUAUCACAUUUUAAAUAAAAUAUUGCACCUGUAUUUAGUUAAGUCAAUUUAGAUGUAAAAUAUAUAUUUUUAUUUUUAUUUUUUUUUUUUGUCAUUAUUUUCCAGUGCCCUAUGAUAUUAUUUAUUUAUUUUUAUUUUCUAAACACAUCAAAUUGUUAUUUUUAAGUUAAGAUAUAUUUUACACAUUUGCAGUAUUAAUCUAAGUAUAAUUUUGUAUUUUUAAUAAACUAGUAGGUUAUACUAAAAUACCUAACUAAAUGGCAAAGGUAAUGUGAUGUGUUUUUUUUUUAUAAUUUCCAUUUUUCUAUGAACAUAAUUAUGAAGUUAUACAGUAUAUUGUUAUUUCUAAAUAACUAAUAGACUAAUCAAUUUGAAAAUCAUUAGUCCAGUCAAAGUCAAAUAGUUAACAUAAUAAUAUUAAGUUACAGCUUAUAUAACAAUUAUCAUUUAUAUUGUACAAAUAAAAUAUAAAAGGAUUGC